UCAGGGGCGGGCCUUCCGCCCCCGGCAGCGGCGCAAUGCGGAAGAGCUGGGCCUGCUGGAGCGGAAGUGACGCCUCCGGUGGCUGUAGCGGCGGCGGCUGCGGGAGAAGGAGGAGGAGGAGCCGGAGGAAGAGGGCUGCGUCUGAAGAGAGGAGGAUGGCGUUCAGCAAAGGAUUUCGAAUCUACCACAAAUUGGAUCCCCCACCGUUCAGCCUCAUAGUGGAAACUAGGCAUAAGGAAGAAUGUCUCAUGUUCGAGUCUGGGGCUGUGGCUGUGCUCUCAUCUGCAGAAAAGGAGGCAAUUAAAGGUACAUAUACCAAAGUACUGGAUGCAUAUGGACUUUUAGGAGUUUUGCGGUUAAAUCUUGGUGAUACCAUGUUGCAUUAUCUGGUCCUAGUCACUGGAUGUAUGUCUGUUGGGAAAAUUCAAGAAUCUGAAGUUUUCCGAGUUACUUCCACUGAGUUUAUAUCACUCCGAGCUGAUGCUUCAGAUGAGGAUCGCAUUUCAGAAGUCCGUAAAGUUUUGAACUCAGGAAACUUUUAUUUUGCGUGGUCCGCAUCUGGAGUCAGCUUAGAUCUGAGUCUGAAUGCACAUCGCAGCGUGCAGGAGCACACGACUGACAACAGGUUUUUCUGGAAUCAGUCUCUGCAUUUGCAUCUCAAGCACUAUGGUGUGAAUUGUGAUGACUGGUUAUUACGCCUCAUGUGUGGAGGAGUAGAAAUCAGAACAAUUUAUGCUGCCCAUAAACAAGCAAAGGCUUGCCUCAUUUCAAGACUAAGCUGUGAACGAGCUGGGACAAGGUUUAAUGUCCGGGGAACAAAUGAUGAUGGUCACGUUGCCAAUUUUGUAGAAACAGAGCAGGUUAUAUACUUAGAUGACUCUGUUUCUUCCUUCAUACAAAUCCGAGGAUCUGUUCCAUUGUUCUGGGAACAACCAGGGUUGCAAGUGGGAUCCCAUCGUGUCCGUAUGUCGAGGGGAUUUGAAGCCAAUGCACCUGCUUUUGACAGGCAUUUCCGAACACUUAAGGAUUUAUAUGGUAAACAAAUAGUGGUGAAUUUGCUUGGAUCUAAGGAAGGUGAACAUAUGCUAAGUAAGGCUUUCCAGAGUCAUUUGAAAGCUUCUGAACACGCUUCCGAUGUCCACAUGGUGUCUUUUGACUAUCACCAAAUGGUCAAAGGAGGAAAGGCGGAAAAGUUACACAGUGUCCUCAAGCCUCAAGUCCAGAAGUUUCUAGAUUAUGGAUUUUUUUAUUUCGAUGGCAAUGAAGUUAAAAGGUGCCAGAGUGGUACAGUUCGAACAAACUGCUUGGAUUGUCUUGAUAGAACAAACAGUGUGCAGGCAUUCCUUGGCUUAGAGAUGCUAACUAAACAGCUGGAUGCUCUGGGCUUAGCUGAAAAGCCUCAGCUAGUGACUCGCUUUCAAGAAGUUUUCCGGUCCAUGUGGUCUGUGAAUGGCGAUUCCAUCAGUAAGAUAUAUGCAGGCACCGGAGCCCUUGAAGGGAAGGCCAAGGCUGGAAAGUUGAAAGAUGGUGCUCGCUCUGUCACCAGGACCAUUCAGAACAACUUCUUCGACAGCUCCAAGCAGGAAGCCAUUGAUGUUUUGCUCCUGGGGAAUACUCUAAACAGUGACUUAGCUGACAAAGCCCGAGCACUUCUAACCACUGGAAGUUUGCGUGCAUCUUCCAAAGUCUUAAAGAACAUGUGUGAGAACUUCUACAAAUACUCAAAACCCAAGAAGAUUCGAGUGUGUGUGGGAACCUGGAAUGUGAAUGGUGGGAAGCAGUUCCGCAGCAUAGCAUUUAAGAACCAGACGCUUACAGACUGGCUUCUUGAUGCUCCCAAGUUAGCUGGCAUCCAGGAGUUUCAAGAUAAGAGAAGUAAGCCAACUGAUAUAUUUGCAAUUGGCUUUGAAGAAAUGGUGGAGUUGAACGCUGGGAACAUUGUGAAUGCAAGCACAACAAACCAGAAGCUCUGGGCAGUAGAGCUGCAGAAGACCAUCUCCAGAGACAACAAGUAUGUCCUGCUGGCUUCGGAGCAGUUAGUGGGUGUCUGCCUGUUUGUUUUUAUCAGACCGCAGCAUGCUCCUUUUAUCAGGGAUGUUGCGGUGGAUACUGUGAAGACUGGGAUGGGAGGAGCGACUGGAAACAAGGGAGCAGUUGCAAUCCGGAUGCUCUUCCACACCACCAGCCUUUGCUUUGUCUGCAGCCAUUUUGCUGCGGGGCAGUCACAAGUCAAGGAGAGAAAUGAGGAUUUUGGAGAAAUAGCACGGAAAUUGAGUUUUCCCAUGGGAAGGAUGCUGUUUUCCCAUGACUAUGUAUUUUGGUGUGGUGAUUUCAACUAUCGAAUUGAUCUUCCUAAUGAAGAAGUUAAAGAGCUCAUAAGACAACAAAAUUGGGAUUCUCUUAUAGCUGGGGACCAACUCAUCAAUCAGAAAAAUGCAGGGCAGAUUUUUAGAGGAUUUUUAGAGGGAAAAGUGACGUUUGCUCCAACCUAUAAAUAUGACUUGUUUUCUGAAGACUAUGACACCAGUGAGAAGUGCCGCACCCCGGCAUGGACAGACCGAGUCCUCUGGAGGAGGAGGAAGUGGCCUUUUGACAGAUCAGCUGAAGAUUUGGAUCUUCUGAAUGCUAGUUUCCAAGAUGAAAGCAAAAUCCUUUACACAUGGACCCCUGGCACUUUGCUGCACUAUGGGAGAGCCGAGCUGAAGACUUCUGACCACAGGCCCGUCGUCGCCCUGAUUGACAUAGACAUAUUUGAAGUGGAGGCUGAGGAGAGACAGAAAAUUUAUAAAGAAGUCAUUGCAGUCCAGGGCCCACCAGAUGGCACAGUGCUGGUGUCGAUCAAAAGUUCUGCACAAGGAAACGCUUUUUUUGAUGACGCUUUGAUUGAUGAGCUGCUGCAGCAGUUUGCACAAUUUGGGGAAGUCAUACUCAUCAGAUUCGUAGAAGAUAAAAUGUGGGUUACAUUUUUGGAGGGAAGCUCUGCCUUGAAUGUUCUGAGCCUAAAUGGUAAAGAGUUAUUAAAUCGGACUAUAACAAUUACUUUAAAAAGUCCAGACUGGAUCAAGAAUUUAGAAGAAGAGAUGAGUUUAGAGAAGAUCAGUGUCACAUUGCCCUCAUCGACGAGCUCCACCCUGCUCGGUGAGGACGCAGAGGUCACAGCUGAUUUUGACAUGGAAGGUGAUGUCGAUGACUACAGUGCUGAAGUAGAGGAGCUUCUUCCUCAGCAUCUGCAGCCAUCCUCAAGUUCGGGCCUUGGCACUUCUCCAAGCUCUUCACCCCGGACCAGCCCCUGCCAGUCACCUACAGUGCCAGAGUACUCCGCACCGUCUCUUCCCGUCAGACCCAGCCGAGCACCGUCCAGAACUCCAGGGCCCCCGAGCUCACAGAGUUCUCCAGUUGACACUCAGCCAGCGGCCCAGAAGGAUUCUCCCCAGACCUUAGAGCCUAAGAGGCCACCCCCUCCCCGCCCAGUUGCUCCUCCAGCACGCCCUGCCCCGCCACAGAGACCACCUCCACCUUCAGGGCGUAAUCAGCCUUCACCUCAAGCAGGCCUUGCAGGCCCAGGACCUGCUGGAUAUGCUGCAGCCAGACCGACAAUUCCAGCACGUGCUGGAGUGAUCAGCGCCCCUCAGAGCCUGGCUCGGGCAUCUGCUGGAAGGCUGACUCCUGAAAGCCAGAGCAAGCCCCCAGAGGCAUCGAAAGGUCCAGCUGUCCUUCCAGAACCACUGAAGCCUCAGACGGCUUUUCCUCUGCAGCCUUCUCUGCCCUCCCCUGCUCCACAGAUGCAGGAGCCCCUCAUCCCCACGGCCGCACCCAUGCCUCCCUCUGGCCCCCAACCCAAUCUGGAAGCCCCACCACAGCCCCCACCUCGGAGCAGGUCAUCUCAUAGCUUGCCUGCAGACUCCUCACCACAGCUACAAGUAAAAACAAACGGAGUUUCUGGUGUCAAACAAGAACCAGCGCUGAAGAGUGACCCAUUUGAAGCUCUCUCCCUCAGUCUGCUUGCUGUAUCCAAGGCUCAGCUGUCUGCUCAGAUGUCACCUGCUCUAACCCCAGACCCAAAGGUGUUGGUCCAGUUGCCUUCCACAUCGCAAAGUAGUGUUAACUCUCUGAGUUCUGUAAGUUGCAUGCCAGCCAUGCCUCCAGCUCCCGCUCGGAGCAAGUCACAGGGAAGUAUGGGGAGUUCUGCAAACCCGUUUCCCAGCCUGCCCAGCUGGAACCCUUUUACAGACAGGACUGCUACCCCUGGAAACCCAUUUAGAGCUCAGUCACAAGAAUCAGAGGCAACUUCUUGGCUGUCCAAAGAAGAGCCUGUUCCUAGUAAUCCUUUCCCUCCCCUCGUGCCUCUCAGUCAUGACACGAGCAAGCCGUCCAGUUCAGCUGAUGGUUUUGAGGACAAUUUUGACCUGCAGAGCCAGAGUACAGUGAAAACAAGCAAUCCCAAAGGAUGGGUAACCUUUGAAGACGACGACGACUUCCCCACAACAGGAAAGUCAAAGUCAGUUUGCUCAGACACGCUGGGGAACGCACCAGCUUCAUUUGAUGAUGACUGGAAUAAAGGGGCAAGUGUUUCUUUCUGUGUGCUGCCAGCCAGAAGGCCACCACCUCCUCCGGUCCCUCUGCUCCCGCCCAGCACGAGCUCAUCUCCUGCAGGACCUUGCACAACCCAGGCAUCUAAGGCAUCUCCCACACUGGACUUCACAGAGAGAUAGUUAGGAUAGCAAGGGAGUUUCUGCGGUUUGCUUUGGCUGUUUGUUUCUGUUUUGUUGGGGUAGAGUUGAGAGAAUGGGGCAUUAGUUACUCAUUAUGUGCAAUAAGUAAUCAUUCAGUGCACUGAUAGCUGUAUCAAAUAGCACUAGAGGAUGUGGACAAAGCUGGAGUUUAUGUAUAUUGGAAAUAACAAAGACAUCCUCUUAUUAGCUGGAGUUCUGGUCUUUCUCUUCGGAUGAACAGGAGAGAGAGCAGAAGCCAUUUUAAAAAGUGCUUAAAACUACUUUAAAAAAUAGUCCUUACUGAGAAAUUCACAUAAAAGUCACAUAAAGCCAACACAACUGUAGCUGACAUUACUGCCAGCCCACUGUGCUGGUGACAAUUGGUAUUUAUGGAUAUUUACCAAAGAGCUUCCAGAGUUACAGUGAAACAGUUCUGAAGGCAUGCCUUUAGCAAAAAGGUCUGUGUGUGUCUACAUCAUAUGCAUAUGUUUGUAUGCACACAGAUUUACAUAUUCAUAAAACUUAAGUCUUGAGAUACAAUUCAGGUCAAAUUUUACCUAGCAAUUCUGACAAUGUCUUUUUCUCAUUAUCAAAAAGAUGGCUGCCACCCGGAUGUGCUUUAGAUACUUUCACUAAUUUUAAAUCCCAGAGUAGAACAACCGCUUUACAGAACUGCCAUUUCCUAUUGUUGUACUCCCCAGCCUUCAGAUUCACCCUCAUCACCUUCCUCCCCUGUACCUCUAGGACGCCUUUCUCUGGGGGGUUACAGUUGACAGGACAGGCACUCAGAACAGCAGGCACACACCACCGAGUUCAGUGCGGAAUAGUAGAGCUAACAUGCUCUGCCUUCCCCUUCCCCACCUUUCUAUUGGCCGCUUUGCCCUGGAGCUUUGCUUUCUGCAGGGAAAGCUGCUGUUGAGUGCUCUGAAUUGGGAACAUAUCCUAUGUGUGUUCUCUCCCAUGUUAGAGGCCAUAACACAUCUAUGAUGCUGCUUUAAGGUUUUAGAGGCUAUACCUCAAAUUUCUGUGGAUUCUGUCUCCUGCACUGCCGGUAUGCAACCGAUCUUGCUUUUAUUUUGUGAAGAAGUACACGGAAUUUUUACAAAAAAACAAAAAAAAAAAAAAAAAAACCAUAGUAUUUUGGUAUCAUUAAGUAAGCCAGUGGAAAACUCCCUAAGGUGGUGUUUGGUAGUUGUCAGUUGAAGUUAAAACCAUCCUUAGCCAUUAAGACUUAAUGUUCUUUUUUAUAUGAAAAGUUACAUACACCUAAGUUCCUAUGUCCACAUGAACCUUUAAAGAUGUGUAUUGUGAUAACUAGAAACAGUUUAUGGCUGCCAUCCCCUCCAUGUAAAAGCACAGCAGACUUCAUUGCACUUCUCACGUAGAGUGAUCUGUUAGGACAGAGCACCUUCACAAAUGCUCAGUGUUAUCAAAAUACUGUAUUUAUAGAAGUAAUCCUCUGCUGCAGCCAGAAGUUGCUGUAAGCAAUAACUCCCAUGAGUUUUAUAUUGUGCUUGUUGGGAGUUCUGAUCAUUUCAACAGUAGUGGCUUUUAAACUGCAGUGUUCCUAUAGCAGUGUGCUUCCAAAUGUGAAUUAACCUGUUGAGAUUGUGGCGGUAACAGCUCUGUGACCAGUGUGUAUGGUAUCCACUCCCAUUAGCAAGCGAACCCAUCGGUAGGGAACAGAAGCAGUGUGUCCCUGGGUAUAAACCACUGUACAGUUCGUUCUGUAGAGCAGCGGCUCAGCCUUGUCAGGUCUGGCACACUGCUGAAAACGCACAAGGGAAGUUAAAGUUUGCUACAAAAAAAACCCUAGACAUUGUGUGUGAAUAUUUACCAGCUCUGGGCAGAGCAGAGCAGAAAAUAGACACUAAGAAUCUCUGUGACUGUCUGUUCUCUAUAGUAGAUUGCUGUUUAUAUGUAUGUAAGAGUUUUAUUGCUUAUGUGGCAUACAAUAUUUAUAACUAUAUACUUUAUAGAAGUACAGUAUUAAAGUCAGUGGUAUACAUUCUGUACAUAUCCUGUGAAAUGUGCUGUCAUAUGAAAUAAAUAUAUCUGUCUUUA